AUGGUGGAAGCUGCGGAGGGCGCUCCUCAGCCAACAUGGAAGUUCACACAAUGCUUCGGCGAUAAGGGAGACGUGGAAGACAUCACGGAGGCUGAUAUAAUAUCCACCGUCGAGUUCGAUCAGACCGGCAACUACCUCGCUACUGGCGACAAGGGCGGCAGAGUCGUGCUGUUCGAGCGCAACGAGACGAAGAAGACCUGCGAGUACAAAUUUCACACCGAAUUCCAAUCACACGAGCCUGAAUUCGAUUACCUCAAAUCACUCGAGAUAGAAGAGAAGAUCAACAAGAUAAAGUGGUGCAGGCGGCAAAAUGCCUCCCACUACCUGCUAUCAACCAACGACAAGACGAUCAAGUUGUGGAAGGUCUUCGAGAAGUCUCUCAAGGUCGUCGCCGAGAACAACCUCUCAUCCGAGCUCACCCCUGCAGGCACUGGCAACGCGAAUGGCGGUGGUCCUGUCCGGUAUCCCAACCAUCACUUUCGGAGUGUAGCCGACUUGAAGUUCCCACGGAUGACCCAUCACGAUACAGUCGUUGCAGCUGUCCCGCGACGAGUCUAUGCCAACGCCCACGCAUAUCACAUCAACAGCAUAUCGGUCAACUCAGACGGCGAGACUUUCAUCAGCUCGGAUGACUUGCGGAUAAACCUCUGGAACCUCAACAUUCAAGACCAAAGCUUCAAUAUUGUCGACAUCAAGCCAGCGAAUAUGGAGGAGUUGACUGAGGUCAUCACAGCUGCGGAGUUCCACCCGCAGAGUUGCAAUUGGUUUAUGUACGCCUCGAGUAAGGGUACCAUAAAGUUGGCGGAUAUGCGACAAAAGGCACUGUGCGAUGAGCACGCAAAACAAUUCGAGCAGGAAGAGGACCCAGCCUCGCGCUCUUUCUUCUCCGAGAUCAUCUCAUCCAUCUCAGACGUCCGCUUCUCUUACGACGGCCGCUACAUCCUCUCAAGAGACUACCUGACUGUCAAGAUUUGGGAUGUGAACAUGGAGCGGCAACCUGUGAAGACCAUUCCCAUCCACGAGCACCUUCGACCCCGGCUCUGCGACACGUACGAGAAUGACAGCAUCUUCGACAAGUUCGAGGUUGUCUUCUCGGGCGAUGCCAAGAACGUCAUGACCGGAUCUUACAACAACAACUUCAUGAUCUACCCGUCAGAAGAGGGCAAGGACACGGAAGUUGUCUUGCAGGCCGAUAAGAGUGCCUUCAAAGCGAAGAAGGUGGGCAUCCCGACACCAAUGAACAAUGCUACUAGCCCCGGUGGCGGCAAGGACGGAAAGAAGGGGAGCCGUGCAAGCAGUCCAGCUGGCGGUGCCCAGCGCAUGAGGAAGGAGACCGAUGCCGACCAGAUCGAUUUCAACAAGAAGAUUCUACACAUGAGCUGGCACCCACAAGAAGACAGCAUUGCCAUUGCGGCCACCAAUAAUCUCUUCGUUUUCUCUGCAUUGUAA